AUGCGCAACGAACUCAUCCAAUUUGUGGGCCAGAUCCCGCCCGUGACCCGCUGUAUAUGUCUUAUCAUGGUCCUGAUAUGCCUCGUGCAGCGGUUGUCCAUCCUCCCUCGCUACUUCACCGACUUCCAAUGGUCCCUCUACGGCGUUGCCUUUAAACUGCAAAUUUGGCGACUGUUCACGUGCUUUCUAAUUCUACCACCAAAUGACGCCAUGAAGGCAUGUUUCGACCUUUACACUGUGUACACGAGAUCUUUACACUUGGAACUGGUCCAUUUUAAUCGCUCUAUCGAUUAUCUUUUCUACAUCUGUUUCAACUUCGCGCUCAUCCUAGUGCUCGCAGAGAUAUGCCAUAUCGAGUACGGCAUCUUCACUAACGCCUUUAUCGGAUCGAUGCUCUACACCUGGACCUUGGAUAACAGCAACGUCAAGGUGAUGUUCUACGGCCUAUUCCCAAUACUUGGCAAGUAUUUGUCACUUGUGCACUUGUUUAUGUCGUUUUUGUUUGACGACACGCGUGGUUACACGCGCUUUUCAAUCACGGUAAUUGGAUUCUGCGCCGGGUACGUGUACUCGUGUUUGGAUACCAGGACGUACGGUCCCUUGUACGGGUACUUGCGCGGCAAGGGCCCCGAGUACGGUGUACGGGGCAGCGGCCGCUUCCGUGCGCCAACAUGGUUUGCGCGCCUGAUUCUGGGACUAGGGCGGUUAGUUGGCCUCUCUCGGCGGAAACUGCCUGUUACGGCAGGCGCUACUGCUGGUACUAGGGUCUCCGGUGCAUCUCACGGCAGAGCCGGCGGCAGAGGCGCCAAGACCACAUUCGUCGGGAAGGGCCACCGUUUGGGCACGAAAGCAGACUGA